AUGGGAAGCUUUUUGUCAGUGUCAAUCCACCACCAGAGUAAGGACAAGCGCUCCCGCCGCUCGAGACGCUUGUCAAAACCACCUCCGAAACAAGCAACCGUGGAAUCGGUCACCUCCGUAUCUCAUCAACAUCAGUCUUCUGUUGGUAGUUCGUCUGCGUGCUUGCAUCCCGCAGCUGCAUGGCAAGAUCCCUGGACAGGGGCAUCCAUACCCAUCAACACGCAUAAUCCGGCUUCGAGCGGACGAAGAUCACAUUCUCUCCCUUCUGUGACUUCUCAUCCCAGAACGCCGUGGCCUUCCGUCAAUGCACCCCGAAAAUGCCAGGCUAUAGCCAGAGAGCCACAGGGCAUGGAUUUGCGCUCACCCACUGUCGCUACUGUGGAGCCCUCUGCUGUGGAUAGACGAGCAUCUCUCCAGCCCUCCGGACAAGGUACCGUUCGGUCCGCCGACUUUCGAGCCUCUCCGCAAUCACCAAUUGACCGGCACCCCAAACGAUCCUAUUCGACCACUUCGCCACCUCAAAGAACGCACAGUGCUAUUAGCCGCAGUACUAUCGAAGAAGCGAAGUCUUCCAACACGCACUUCAUGGUCGACAGUCAAGGCUUCUCUCUGAUCCGCCGACGGUCUCUAUUGACGCGGCCUGGGGUUGCGACACGACGAUCGACCAGAGACCCGGCUCGAAGACAGCCUCCAAUGCUUGACCAUGGGAAUGGCCAUCUAACCAACAACUCAAAUGUGUCAUGUCAGGCGCACGAAAAAUUCGCAACUCACAAUGAAGAGAGCACGACCAGACCUGGUAUUCCAUCGGGGCAGUUACGCCCUCCUACACCGAAUGAACUCGAGUACACACAUCUAGGAGCACUGAAACUAGGAUCAUUACGCGUCGUGAAUGGCUCCACAUCUCCAUGCCCCAGUGACCGAACUAGGCUUAAAUACCCCGAAGGUCCGUCACCGAGCCUGCACCCAGGAUGUGCAUCUGAAGAGGAGUCCAUCAAGCUUGGGCGCCCAGACUUGCGACGCACUAAGACUCGGGUUUCUUCGAAUAAUAAUGAGCAACUUGACUUGUUGCCUCAUCGAACCGACAUCAGUCCGAACAAUAUGACUGUUUUCGAACCCUGUUUACAGGUUACUGGGGGUGAGUUGGCGACCGCCCAGGCCCAUCUGCAGAGUCUUGCCAGGCGUAGUUCAGCUACGUGCUCCUUACAGAUCCCCAAUAGUGCCGAUUAUGCAGAGAACGAGGAUGUUCCGACAAGUCCAUUUUCUAUUGAGAAAUCGCCCACUGUUCCAGACUUAUUGAGACCGUGUAUCUCAGUAACGAACGCUCAAGGCGGCUCUGCGCCCCCAAGUGAUAGAAAAGAUGCUUUGUCAAAGCAGGGUUACUCAAGGUUGAUCCUACGUCUAGUAAUAGGGCGAGAAACGUUCAAUCUUUACGAUUUACAGAUCUGCCAGCUACAGAAAAGCAGCUUCGAAUACAUCGACAAUUGA